UCGUUAAAGCAACAAGACCACGUGUAUUUUACUUUAUUUACUACGCAAUAAGGAUUCAGAAAAUACAAAACGUACAAUUACGUUAAUAAUUAAUUGGUAUCAUAACAAACCACUAAAUAAAUUUAUUUAUUUAGUCGGUAAUUUUUAAGUUUCGAGUGAUUGUUAUUCAGAGUGAUUAAAUAAAUUUAUGACUGAACCGGUCGUUUAUUCCAUCAAAUUUAUUAUUUUUAUGGAACAUCAAGACCCAUAAACUCGACUAUCGAAAACUAAUUGAAGUUUUUAGAAAAAAAAAUACACAAUGCCGACGUCACUAGCAGCUCAAUUAAAAAAGCUCGAAGCGCCGCAAACAUCACUGCUUCUGCAGGACAAAAAACGUCCUAGUUUGUUGUUCGAUCCGAAGGAAGCUGCGAAUCUAGACCGAGAGAAAGUUUUUAAAAUCGGUAAGAGCGGGUUCGACGAGCUCCUGAAACAGUCCGAUGUCUUCCAACAGUUCGAGCCGAUUUUCUUCUCGCCAAGUUCGUUGAAAUUUGAGCGCGCCAUGUACACGAGCAAGGAGAACAAGAAGCUGGACGCCGCGAUCAACAAGUUCCUGAUGUAUCUGUCGCCUUACUUUCUGCUAAAUACCGCGCACAAGACACUGGAGUGGCUGAUCCGUAGGUUCCACAUCCACGAGUACAACAAAGACGGAUUUAUUAUGCUGAUACUGCCGUAUCAUGACACGAGAAUCUUCGUCAGAGCAAUUCAGCUCGUGAACUUGACAAAUCCUGCAGACAAAUGGCACUGGCUGGAGCCAAUACAGAAACCCGGAGUCCCGCUGCCUUCUCUGACUGUUGCGAACCGGCUGGUGUGUGACAACAGUUUUCUAAACCUUCUCUGCAGCCACGUGGUGACGGCGACGGAAACCUACGGCCCGGAGGCACAUCGACUGAGCACUUUGUACUCCUUCUACUCGACCAGAGUGAUCGGAGCUAUCGAUCGAGCUAAAGACAUCAGUGAAGUCCAAGUAAGUCACCUUCUUCCAGUACUUUUACACGGUCUCAGCAGCUCUAUUGUUGAUUAUACUGCAAGUACUUACAUGGUACUCACUCAGUUAUGGAAAAAAGUCCGUCUUGAUGACAAGACAAUUCAGCACUUACUUGCCAAGGCUCUAAAACAUCCGUCCCCCGAGCUCAGGACCAACGUACUGAUGCUAGUUUACUCCAUCUAUGAUACUCCUUAUCAUUCACUGACUGUUGUUUCUGAUAAAGUAGUCACCAGAACAGCGAAACACUCGUGGUUCUGCGAAGAAACCAUGAAAGUUAGAGCUACUACAUUAGAUACCUCAAAGUUUUUAGUUCUUUUGUGCGAGACCGCUGUCAAAAUAAUCGUCAAAAAUCCCGCGGAGGCUGAAAAAAUAAAAGACAUGAUCACGGCAAUCUUUCAAAAGAUAAAUUUUGAUGACAAGGAAAUUGACGUCAUUCUAAAAAACACUUUGAAGCCUAAUCUAGCGACGGGCACACUGUCAACUGCUAGCAAACAGUUCCUGAGCCAGUUGUUCAGUUCUAUUGAGACCCGCUAUCCAGUUUGUUUUGACGAAUACCUCAAGGACUUGAUGGCCAAGAGUGAGAAGGACCUGGAAGCCAAAGAAGUCCUUCAGUUUCUGAUGUCUUGGCACUCGGGGGCCCAUCAGACUAAAAUUUCCAUGGAAACACUGAACCGGUUGUAUCAUUUUAGCGCGGAGCAAAGAAUAAUGGCUUUGGAGACGCUGUCGAAAGAGAAUCUCGGUGUCAGUGACGGAUUCCAGGAGCUGCUCAACAGUUCGCUGCUCCAGAGAUUCAAUGACGAUGAUGUCCGAGUGGUCAAGACUCUUCUUAACUUCCCGGUGAAGCGUCUCAAGAGUAUUUUUUCUUCUGACGUUCUUGUAGAUCAACUGAUGGUUCUGCUGUCCCAAUGUCAUACUGAAAAGAGACACACUCUGGCACGUCCAGCGUUGAAAAUUUUACUUGACGUCUGGGACGAAGGAGACGACACCAGUAUUUUUAUCGCUACGUUGCCAUAUUUGUUUCCGAGUCGCGACGAAGAAGUACAGAUCGCCAUGCAGAUCCUCAACUCCGCGUUUGCCAAGAAAAAUAAGUACUUGCAGAUGGUGAAAAAUGACGUGGGAGCUCAAGCUGACGCUGAAUCAAUCGGCUCAGCCGCGUUCCACAAUAUUCUCAACUGGGAACUCUUGCCGCCCUCGGAAAAUGUUCUCUCUACUAUGAAACUAUCAGACAACGUCGACGCCACGGCUCUAUUCUUCAAUUUGGUACUUCUGGGAUCAGUUUGCCGCGUUCCCGUAGGGAAGUUGUCGCCGAAAAUAGCCCGGGAGGUGAUCGAAAUGGCUGCUAAGAUGAUAAAGCAGUACCCCAAGGUCCUUGCGCUGCCCAACUGCAAUCAGCUGACUGGAGAAAAAAUUCAGGAAGCGCUUCAACUUACGUCCAAAGAAAUUUUACCGCUGCAAGCUGGUACUUAUGUGCUGGAAAUGGUCCACAGACGGUUAGACUUGCAGUCAAACUCAGUGCUGGACUUUGAAAACAACCCGGAGCACGCGCAGCUUAUUUUGCGCACCGUCGAAAUUUUGUUCGACGGCAUUGCGUCGUCAGCGAAUAAAGCCCACUACUCUUGGUGUCUGAAAAUAUUCUUUCAACGUCACUUCCCCACUGCUCCGAACCUCUUGCGUUUCCUGUCGCAGUUUUUUGUAAAACCAGUCGCCCCCCAAACUUCGCUUCACUGUCUCCAGAUAGCUCUUGCUGUGUUAAACCGUUCGAAUUCAUUCCAAUGGAUUUUCCAGGACAAAACAUUCAUCGGUAAUUUAUUAAUUGGAUUGGCGCGACCUAAUGAAAAAUGCCGCAUAGCAGCUCUGAGUAUUUUAAAACGACUCUCACAGACGUUCAAUAUCGCAAUGGAAGGAUCCUCGACUCUGCUGGAUAAAAUUUCCGACAGAGAAUCGGAAAUCAGAAUCGACCAUGAGCAACUUCCGGUUAUUUUGUACUCAUUGCUGUCUCCAGACCCGGAUGUCGAGUCGCAGUUCAAGAAAGUAGUCCGUAAAAAACUCCAGGAAACGCGGGAAUUUCUUCUGAGCACUAUCUUGGACGACAAAGUACCGAUUCAUAUCACCGCGCAGCUUCUGGAGAUACUGACCCACGUAAACGGACCGGAAGUUCUCCAAGAGCUCGCUCCGAAGGGGCUACGGCUGCUGGAUCAGCUUCGGGAGUGUCCAGAUAAACGCUACACUCAGAUCGCCCUGAGUAAUAUUCUGCAGAGAUUCAACUGCAUCACAGUAGAAGCUCUGAAGCAGGAAAGCGUCUGGCGGCUGUUUGACCAGGCCAUGAGCACCCACCAGCUCCAAGUACCUCUGGAAGGUAAAUCAAAGUCACCAAGUAUCGUUCUUUUGAAGCAGAUCGACCAGAUAUUCUUUGAUAAAUGCAGCAAAAUAGCAUCCGGUCUCCAGAAAAAAAUAGUCGCCAAGCUGGUGGACAUCGUGACUGAUUGUGAGAUCGGGACCAUCGUCGCGGCUGCUAACAGAGCCGUGAAAAGAAUCAAAAUUGAUGCUCAGCUGGUGGUAGAUGAGCUUCGCACAAUGAAAGAAGCGAAAUUACCCGAAGAAGACACUUCAGCAAUGAAUCCAGCACGCAAGCGAAGGUCUGCGCGCUUGAAACAAAUCCACUUACGACCGGAAAUAAUCAACACUCGUGAAUGGAAACGCGGGAUUACUGUGCUCGAGUUUAUUCAACGAGCAGAAAAUAUCAUCAAUGAGGAGCUUCUGCUGCCAGUUUUAUUUGAAUUACUGCGACUGUGUCUGGCCUUUGAAGAGCAAAGUCCGCUGGAGUACACGAACCAGUUGCUGCUGUCUACAAUUUAUCAUUUGGCUUCAAAAGGUCUGCCGAUAUCUGACGCCCAUCAGCAGGUCGAUUUAAUAUCUCAGUGCAUAAGGAUCUCGCAAAAUCCUCAGACACAUCACCAUGCUCUGCUGGUUCUGGUUCAGUUGUUCAAGAUCGCGGACAUUGAGACGGCUCUGCACAAUAUCAUGCCGAUCUUUACAUUCAUGGGCAGCUCGGUACUGCGUCAAGAUGACGCAUACUCUAUCCAGAUUAUUUCAAAAACCAUCGAAACUGUCGUCCCGAUAAUCAACGCCACCAACGACGAAACUCAUGCCUGCGCGAUUCUCCGUAUCUUCGUGGUGUCUCUCCCCGACAUACCCGAGCACCGGCGAGUCCCGUUGUUCAAUAAACUGCUGCAACUCCUAGAGAACCAUCUCCACCUUUUCUACCUCCUGACAUUUGAGAGCCACGUGCUGAAUCAGGGGAAAAACCCUCAAGACCAACAGACAUCAUCCCAGAGACUCGAAUUCGCCCUGACUAUUUCCCAAGAAUUUUCUCCAAAAACUCUUAUCGAUGUCUGCGUUAAAUUAAUCGAGUUUAUGAAGAUUCUGCCCAUCGAAAUAGAGGAAAAUUCACAGAAACGACAGAUUGUUUUUCCAAAGGAGCACAUUUUUGACGUUGCUAAAAAUACUCCCAAGCAACUGCGUCAUUAUCGGUACACAAUUGUCCAGUUCCUGAGUGUCUUGUUGUCAUCCUCGGAGUUUGUCAACAAAGUCGCUCUGCUAGAUGACCAGGAAACGAUGAAGAUAAGGCCCCACUAUGAUAAAUUAAUUGUCGAGCUGAUACUUCUUAUUCAAAGCGCUUCAAAAAGUGCUGAUCUGUACCAGGGCAAGCCCAAGGAAAAAUACUGGAAAGUCCUUCUGCACAAUCUGUACGACAUUUUAUCAGCAGUAAACGGCCUUCUACCUAACGGAGUAUUCAUACUGAGUGUCAAGAAAUUAAUGAAUCACGAUUUCCUCACAGUAAGACGUAAAAUACUUGAGCUAAUGAACGCCCGUCUUCAGCAGCGCAAGUUCACUGAACUGGAUCACCUAAAUCUAAUUACUUUGAUAGAUCCACUUCUACAAAUAGUUGGCAAACAUGGGAAAAUGUUGAGCCAAGAGAUGGAAGUUGUUCAACAAACUUCACUGAUUACUUUGAAACUAUUAGCGAAACUUUUAGCCUCCGAGCAUCCGGAUCAAUUUAAACCGGUACUUGAACUGUCAACUGAGUACAUGGCCGCCAAAGAUGGACCUCUUCUGGGUUCGGUAGUUCUCUGUGUCGCGGAACUCAGCAGCACGAUGCGUAUCCACGCGAUCCCUUUGAUGAAUAAGUUCAUGCCGGCGAUUAUCAAGUUACUGAAGAGUCACUGCCAUCAAGAGUCCCCGGACAUCGUCGUCAUAAGUAUCAUCAGCGCGCUCCAGAAGAUUGUCGAGUCGUUUGUCAAGUUCUUGUCCUGCUACCUUGACGAACUGGUGCCGGAGUUAUGUCGUCUCAAUACUUUGUACACCGACCCGGACCACCCGAAAAUCGGGGUCAUAGUUUCGAAACUGAAAGCCACUUGCGAGAAGAUUUCUACUAAUGUCAGAAUGUCGCCUCUGCUGCGCACAGUCGCUGAAGUUUACGAGUCAUUUAUUGAUAAAAAAACUUAUCAUUAUAUUCCGCAGCUGAUGACUAUUUUGGCGGACUCGUUCACAACUUUGACACCCGCGGGACUCGGAGCGGUCGUUGGUGACCUGACGGACUUCUUCCUGAAGGUCCUGCAGUUCCGUGAGGAGUUGGGUGGCUCCCAAGACAUGCAAGUUGAUGAAGAUGCUGAAGUACUCAAGAAAACUAUUGUCCUGGUAGAAGAGAGCGCUGGCAAGGCUCUGGUGUCUCUGGUACUAAAACUCAGCGAGUCAACAUUCAGAUCUUUUUACUACAAAUUGUACGACUGGGCUGCCAGGGACUCGGAAUUCAAGUACCGGAACAUAACUUUCUAUCGGUUGUCCUCCAGCAUCGCUGAUGGACUCAAGUCCCUGUUUGUCCUCUUUGCUGGUCACUUACUUCAGCACUCGGCUCUGCUGCUCGACCAGAACAAUCCAGCCGUCAAUAAACCAGGCGACAAUACUUUUGCUGAUGAAUCCUCUCGCGUUGAAUUGAUCGAAGCCAUUCUAUCAACUCUACACAAAUUAUUUAGCUACGACGCUCAUAAUUUUAUAAAUCAAGCGCGAUUUGAGAUACUGGCGCAGCCGAUCGUUGAUCAGAUUGAAAACACCAUGGGAACUAAAGAAGAAUUUCAGGUUCGGGCGAGGGAACUGAUCGUUCCCUGCGUCGCCUGUUUUGCUGCCGCCACUGAAGACGACUCGCUUCAUAAAAAAUUGGUCUACCAGACGCUACUGAAGACUCAGCACAAAGAAUCUUACGUUCGUAACACCGCGCUAAGUGCUGUCGUGGAGAUCGCCAGGAAGUUGGGCGAAGAUUUCAUGCCGUUCCUGCCAGAAACUAUUCCGUUCCUCGCGGAAUUGCUCGAAGACGGAGAGCGGGAAGUUGAAAAAGCGACGCAGAAUGCUGUGAGGACUCUUGAGGAAAUACUUGGGGAGCCUUUACAAAAAUACUUUUAAUCAGUAGAGUGUAAAUAAAUUUAUAAAUAAAUAAUUUUAUAUAUUUUAUUUAGAAAAAAAAAUAUUUUUAUUUAUAACUUAGAUACAAUUUCUUUCUUAUACGAAAUACAUUUUUUUUCUAUAAUACAAAUAGAUACAUAAAAAAAAAAUAAUCAAGAUUUAUCAAUUUUUUUACAAUAAGUGUUUAAAAAAAAUAUGUCAUGAUUUAUAAUAAAUUUAUAGGCAAAUUAUUACAUAUCGAACUUGUACCCGGCAGAUAUUAUUUUAUUUUAAAAUAAACGCAUGUUCAAACAAGUGGACGUAAUACGGCUUAGUAUCAAUGGAAUUAAUAAAUCAAUGAAAGCUUUAAGUCAUCCGUUUAGUUAUUUUAUUUUUUAUCUUUGAAUGAAAUUAUUGUUGAUGUUAUUACUCUUCGGGUAAUAGUUUGUCAUUAGGCUCUUGAUUUUUUUUCUUGAUCGCUUGUUAUUUAGAGUUUGUAUUUUAUUUAAUUGACAGUUUAUUUUUAAAAAUUUAAUCAGACUUGUGGGACAUCUUGCGCUGCUCUCAGAGCCAUUCCUUCUCCAGAGGUGACUGCCGGCGUUUUCCUGAUUCAAAAUUUAAAUAUG